AUGUUGUUCAACAGGUUCAGCGUCGUCUGCUCGAUCGUGUCGCUCGUAUCUGCGCUGAUCCUCGACACGCCUUCCUCACAGUGGUACAGCGGCGAAGACGUCAUUGUGACUUGGCAGGAGCAGCCCACUGGAGAUCCUGUCUUCACUCUUGUGUUGGCCAGCUCUGUCAGCCCUAUCGGUUUAGCGAUCGCCAGUGAUAUUUCUCCUGCGUUAGGGUCUCUUGCUAUCACGGUGCCUGAUGUUCAGCCUGGAUCGUACGUCCUUGAGGCGGUCAACGUGACGAAUAAUUCAGACAUUUAUGCAGAGACUGCUUUGUUCAAAAUCUUGUAG